CAUAUUGGGCGGGUCUUAGCAAGUUUAUCCGUCCUCGCAGUGAACAUUAGAGUCGGUUGAUCAAAGUUGCUAGUUUUCCGCAUACAGCUAUAAUCUAUGUCAGUGGAGGUUAAAUAGAGGUUACAGCGAUUUGACGAGUGUUUGUUAACUUUCCAGCGCUUGUCAUAACUGCUCAAUGAGUUGUUGACAUAUUUCUGAGUGACACAGUGCUGGUGUUUAUCAUUUCUCCGGUGAUGGCGGAAGUGUUUGCGGGGCGCGUGCUGCUGAAUAAAGACGGAGAUGCGGUUGACCCAGAAGAUUCACUCCGUAAUAAAGUAGUCGGUUUGUAUUUCUCCGCCGGCUGGUGCCCUCCGUGCCGUGACUUCACCCCGGUGCUGUGUGAUUUCUACACCGAGCUGGUGGAGGAGAGCGACCCUCCGGCUCAAUUCGAAAUCGUGUUUAUAUCCUCGGAUAAAUCCGCCGAGGACAUGGCGGAAUACUAUCACGACAUGCACGGGGACUGGCUCGCGCUGCCCUGGAACGACCAGUACAAGCACGAUCUGAAGAAGAGGUACAACAUAACAGCCGUGCCUAAGCUGGUGAUUGUGAAGGAGAAUGGGCAGGUGAUCACGGAUAAAGGCAGGAAGCAGAUCCGAGAUCAGGGCCUGGCCUGCUUCAGGAACUGGCUGGAAGUAGCUGAAAUCUUCCAGAACUUCAAAUGCUAGUGAUUUCUCUUAGUUUUGUUCCUUGUGCAAAGGGCUAGUGAAGAAAUGCUGCAUCCUGCACUUUAACCUGGGGGGGAGGGGCUGGGGGUAGAGGGGGAAGGGUUUUCUGGACACUUUAGAAUUAUGCUUUAUAAAUUAUUUUUAAAUUAUUGCUACUUCUAAUUUUAUUUUUUAAUAAGAGGAGCUGUUAUCCUCAGUUGUAGGAUAGCAGAUGAGCGUAUGUUGUAUGGAGGAUUGUCGCUACACUGGUACUCAGGGACUGUUUAAUGUCUAGCAUUGUCAUGGUGCUUCAGAUUCCCCGGCGUUUCAUUAAAACACUGUGAUGUAUUCCCGAGAGUGU